AAACCAUUAUCAGAAAAUUUUCUUGUAUAACAUGACAAAAUAUAUUAUAAGCACGUUUUCUAUAUAUGAUAAUAAUUAAAGAGUAACAACAGCCUUAUCUUUCAUUUUGGUUUUUGGUUCAAAAAAUGGUCCAAAUCAAAACAUUACCAUAAAAAGCAAUUAGAAAUUCUGAAGUUCACCAAGGUUUGUAAUUGUUGUGUAAGUGAUAGAAACAUGACAAGAAGAUGGUCCUUUUACAUGGAUGUUUUGCCAAUUUUAGUGAUCAUAGGACAGGAAACUAUUGAAAUGGCUUUACUCACUUUGUUCAAAGCAGCCACAAAUCAAGGGAUGAACAACCAUGUCUUUGUUGCUUAUUCUUAUGCUGUUGGUACUUCUGUUCUUCUUCCUGUCACACUUUUCACUAGAAGUAGAAGGUCAAUAGUGGUUUCUCCACUCAGUUUCUCCAUAGUAUGCAAAAUUGUACUUCUUGGUGCAAUAGGAUGUUCAUCUCAGGUUCUGGGGUAUAUUGGUAUUAAUUACAGUUCUCCAACACUUGCUUCAGCACUUGCUAAUCUAAUACCUGCUUUCACUUUCAUGCUAGCUGUCACAUUCAGGAUGGAAAAGUUAGCUGCAAAGAGUAGAAGUAGUAAUGCCAAGGUAAUGGGAAGCAUAAUAUCAAUAGCAGGUGCUUUUGUGUUAACUUUCUACAAAGGACCACCCAUCAUGAAUUUCUCAUCACUUCAUCAAUCAAUUGGCUUUCUCAAGUCAGUAGAUUCAAGUUGGGAUGUCAUUGCUGGCAUUCUCCUGAUAGUUGACUAUUUUCUGUCUUCACUAUGGUACAUUUUAGUGGUACAUAUCAUGAAAGAGUUCCCAGAUGAACUAACUCUAACCUUGCUUUACACCACAACUGCCACCAUCAUAUCUAUAGUUGUAGCUUUGUUAUCAGUUCCAAAUGCAAGUGCUUGGAAAAUAGGACUGAAUCUCUCACUUAUCUCCAUUGUUUCUUCUGCUAUUUUUGGAAAGUUUAUAGGCAUUGCAGUUUGUGCUUGGACAGUUCGCUUAAAGGGGGCAGUCUAUGUAACCUCAUUCAAGCCACUUCAAAUUGUUAUUUCUGCUGGCUUAGGUGUUAUGUUUCUUGGUGAUACUCUUCAUGUUGGAAGUAUAAUUGGAGCCACAAUAGUAUCGAUUGGCCUUUAUGCUAUAUUAUGGGGCAAAGCUACAGAAGAGAUAGAGGAAGAUGUUGGUAGUUUGGAGUCACCAUCUAAUGAGAAUGCACCUCUUUUGCAAAGCUCUAGAACUCACACUUUUGACAAUAAAACAAAUGGAACUGUUUAAAAUAUGGUUAUCAAAUCGAGAUUCAAAUAUGAACUAGAUUCCUUAUAUAUU